AUCUCCUCUCUCCUUUUCUCUCUCUCUCCCUCUCUCUCUCUGUCUGUUGCCAUAGCGAUCUCCUCUCUCUCCCCGGACCCCGCAGCAUAACCCCCUGCACGGAUAGACCUGGCCUUUAUCGUUAUAAAGAUGAAUCCACCGUGGAAUAUCCAGAGAUGCUAUUAUCCCCACCACGACCCGGCAACACAGACAAUGAGUUCCCAGUCCUGAGGUGAACCCGUCCUCUGUCCUGAGGUGAAUCAGUCCAGAGUUACUGCAGUCCUGAGGUGAAUCAGUCCAGAGUUACUGCAGUCCUGAGGGGAAUCAGUCCAGAGUUACUGCAGUCCUGAGGUGAAUCAGUCCAGAGUUACUGCAGUCCUGAGGUGAAUCAGUCCAGAGUUACUGCAGUCCUGAGGUGAAUCAGUCCAGAGUUACUGCAGUCCUGAGGGGAAUCAGUCCAGAGUUACUGCAGUCCUGAGGUGAAUCAGUCCAGAGUUACUGCAGUCCUGAGGUGAAUCAGUCCAGAGUUACUGCAGUCCUGAGGUGAAUCAGUCCAGAGUUACUGCAGUCCUGAGGUGAAUCAGUCCAGAGUUACUGCAGUCCUGAGGUGAAUCAGUCCAGAGUUACUGCAGUCCUGAGGUGAAUCAGUCCAGAGUUACUGCAGUCCUGAGGUGAAUCCGUCCAGAGUUACUGCAGUCCUGAGGUGAAUCCGUCCUCAGUCCUGAGGUGAACCCGUCCUCAGUCCUGAGGUGAACCAGUCCUCAGUCCUGAGGUGAACCCGUCCUCUGUCCUGAGGUGAAUCCGUCCUCUGUCCUGAGGUGAAUCCAUCCUCUGUCCUGAGGUGAAUCCGUCCUCUGUCCUGAGGUGAACCCGUCCUCUGUCCUGAGGUGAACCCGUCCUCAGUCCUGAGGUGAACCAGUCCUCAGUCCUGAGGUGAACCCGUCCUCUGUCCUGAGGUGAAUCCGUCCUCUGUCCUGAGGUGAAUCCGUCCUCUGUCCUGAGGUGAAUCCGUCCUCUGUCCUGAGGUGAACCCGUCCUCUGUCCUGAGGUGAACCCGUCCUCAGUCCUGAGGUGAACCCGUCCUCAGUCCUGAGGUGAACCCGUCCUCUGUCCUGAGGUGAAUCCGUCCUCUGUCCUGAGGUGAAUCCGUCCUCAGUCCUGAGGUGAAUCCGUCCUCAGUCCUGAGGUGAACCCGUCCUCUGUCCUGAGGUGAACCCGUCCUCUGUCCUGAGGUGAACCCGUCCUCUGUCCUGAGGUGAAUCCGUCCUCAGUCCUGAGGUGAACCCGUCCUCAGUCCUGAGGUGAACCCGUCCUCAGUCCUGAGGUGAACCCGUCCUCAGUCCUGAGGUGAAUCCGUCCUCUGUCCUGAGGUGAACCCGUCCUCAGUCCUGAGGUGAACCCGUCCAGAGUUACUGCAGUCCUGAGAAAGGAAGAAGGUGUUUGUCUGCCAAUCCUGUCCCUCCCCCUGGCUACAGAAAGGGGUGUGUCUGGUCAUCCGGUCCCUCCCCCUGGCUGCAGGCUGUAGAAAGGGGUGUGGACUGUCCUAAUGGAGGCGGGACAGCCAUCACCUGACAGCAGUAGUGAAGAGUGUACAGUACUGGAGGCUCUACCAGACAAGGGACUGGCCUGUCACACACACACUGGCAAGGUGACGGAGCUGUACUGUUCAGGGUGUGAGGUGUGUGUGUGUGAGGUGUGUGUGUCGGGGGAGCACGCGGACCAUCCCACGCUACCUUUAUUAGACUUUCUGGAGACACACAGAGACGGUCUGCAGGAGAGACUGACUGCUGCACAGAACAGACUGCCUCAGAUCUCGGAGGCCCUGGUGUCUCUGAGAGAGAUCCUAAAGCAGCUGACCAAUCAGAGAGAUUUGAUCGAGGAGGACAUCCACGUCAGCUUUGAAGAGCUCCACAAGACCCUGGACGUCAGGAAGAGUGUCCUACUGAUGGAGCUAGAGGUCACCUACGGACUGAAACAGAAGGUUCUGCAGGCCCAGCUGGACACCCUGCUUCAGGGCCACAGGGGUAUCGCUGACACCUGUACCCAGACAGAGGAGGCCCUGAGCGUGAAGGCCAGUGCCGCGAGCCUGCAGGCUGAGAGAGGCCUUGGGGAGAGGCUGGGGGAGCUGGCCAGCCAAGGGUUACCAUUCCAGGCUGAGGAGAAUGAUCAGCUGGACUUAGUGAUGGAGGCAGAGGGACUGAGGAAGUCGAUCCACAACCUAGGGACAAUUGUCACUACCAGCGCGGUGGCGAGCCACAGUGAGGCGUCAGGUGUGGGGCUGGAGCAGUGCAUCGUGGGUCUCCCAGCCUGCGUAACCAUAACGACCAGAGACAAGGCCGGGGGACACUGCAGGACCGGCAACGCCAUCCUGUCUGCUGAGGUGUGUACUCCAGAUGGCAGCGUGGCAGACGGGGAGAUACUUGACCACAAGAACGGGACAUAUGAUUUUGUUUACACUGUAAACAAGGAAGGGGAGUUCUCAUUGGCUCUCCGGCUCUAUGACCAGCACAUCAAAGGAAGUCCCUUCAGUCUCAGAGUUACCAGAUCCCUGGACCCUGAGGUGUCUCCCCCCACCACCACAGCCACCUCUCUGGCGGCCACCGCCACCCCAUCUACAGGCUCCUCUGAGGGGGCUAAGAGGAGAGGAAAGUCCCCUGGGUCCGGGAGUAAGAAGAAGGGGUCCAGGAGGACAGGCAGUGCCCUGGGGACACCCAGACGCAAAGAGAACCCCAUCGAAGAUGACCUCAUCUUCAGAAUCGGUACCAAGGGGAAGAAUAAAGGAGAGUUCACUAACCUGCAGGGUGUGUCGACGUCCUCCAAUGGAAGGAUUCUAAUAGCAGACAGCAAUAACCAGUGUGUUCAGAUCUUCUCUAAUGACGGCGAGUUUAAGAGUCGUUUCGGGGUGAGGGGCCGGUCGCCAGGGCAACUCCAACGACCAACGGGUGUGGCCGUUCACCCCAACGGUGACAUCAUCAUCGCAGACUACGACAACAAGUGGGUCAGCAUCUUCUCCAGCGAGGGCAAGUACAAGGCCAAGCUGGGCUCUGGUAGGCUGAUGGGACCGAAGGGCGUGUCCGUGGAUCAGAACGGUCACGUGAUCGUUGUGGACAACAAGGCAUGCACCGUCUUCAUCUUCCAGCCAACCGGCAAGCUCGUUACUAAGUUCGGUAGCCGUGGCAACGGAGACAAACAGUUCGCAGGCCCUCAUUUUGCAGCAGUCAACAACAACAAUGAGAUCAUAGUGACAGACUUUCACAACCACUCAGUCAAGGUAUUCACCCCAGAGGGAGAGCUGCUGCUGAAGUUUGGAACUAACGGAGAGGGCAACGGUCAGUUUAAUGCUCCUACAGGCGUGGCCGUCGAUGUGAAUGGGAACAUCAUCGUAGCUGACUGGGGCAACAGCCGCAUACAGGUGUUUGACGGUAGUGGUUCCUUCCUGUCCUAUAUCAACACAUCAGCUGACCCUCUCUACGGACCUCAGGGUCUGGCUCUCACCUCUGAUGGACACGUGGUGGUGGCCGACUCUGGGAACCACUGCUUCAAGGUCUACAGAUACCUACAGUAGUGGGAGGGAGGAACGGAGGGAGGGGUGGAGGAAUGCAGAGAUGAAUGGACAGAACUACUGUUCAAAGAUCUACAGAUCCCUACAGUAGUGGGAGGGAGGGAGGGAGGCGUGUAGAGAUGGACAGAACUACUUUUUCAAGGUCUACGGAUACCUACAGUGAACUUAAACGAUGGCCAAUAAAAUCAGUUCCUCUCUCUGCUCUGACGACAUGUCACUCAUCUGCAAUACUAUUGGCCAGAGGAACAAAGCGCGAACAUCUAUUGGCCAACUUCAAAACAGACCUGGGACCUAACUCUCGGCUCGCCAGACACGGCUCAAUAUGAAACCAACGUCAACCUGUUUAUCUGCUCAUAAACUCAUGUACUGCUAUGGAUUCUACAAAAUAAUGAUAUAAAUUGUUCGAUUGAGGAUUGUCGUGUGCUAUAUCAAUAAGGAAUGUUCAAGAACGUGGCUAUGGUUAUUCUAAUACUCCACAGGUAUAUCAAUGAUUCCAUCAAUCAAUUCAUUAUUGGUUGAUUGAUUGAUGGAUUGAGCUAACAGGCAGCUUGCGAUGUUACGCUUGGAUGAGGUAUAUAUUCAACCAUCUAUUUUUUCCGUAAAAAAAUAAUACCUGCAUCCCAAAUUGCUCCCUAUGGUCCUGGCUCAAAAGUAGUGCACUACAUAGGGAAUAGGGUGCUAUUUGAGAUAUAGACACAGUCGCAAGAUAAAAUGGAAGAGUAUAUAUAUUUGUGAAAUUAUAUUUACUAUUAAUACUGAUCAAUAACCGUUUGCAAACCAAGAUUCAUCAGUGACGUUUUCAACCCCCUCAUUAGAAAAUACUAGACCCUAUGGCUCGAUUCAAUCUGUAUCGCUGAAGUUCAGCGCUAUAAUGAGAUUGUAAUUUCUGAUUGAGCCAACAUAUACAGCCGUGAAUGCAGUCUCCAUGAAAGCGGGAAUAUUGCCUUUUGAGUUUCUAUUGUGCUGUAGUGCGUGUCUUCAGCACUACGGAUUGAAUCGAGCCCGUAAAUGUUUGAUUAAUCACCAAGAAUGAGUAAAUCAGUUGUUUUAUUAUUAUGUGCACUGUUGCUUGUCAGUACGAUAAUAGAUCACUCAUAGCGGAAUACCAGUGGAUUCUAGAAAAAUACCAGAGUAUUCUAGAAGCAUGCUUCUUCAUUUUAUUAACUAUAUCAAUCUGUUAGCAUCCGACAAACAAUGAUCUUUUACAACCGUAUCUAAGAGUUACACAAUUCCAGAAAUUUCCCCCCCAAAUUCCAUGCAGGUUUUCCAGACAUCCUGGUUGUAAGAAUCCUUGAAUGAGGAGGGAAUAGGCAGGAAAUCCCGGGAAUCUUUCAACUGGGAUUUCUGGAAAGUUUGCAUGGAAAUUUGGUAAUUUUAGAACCCUAUAAAUCAUAUCAUACUCUAACAUCUGGUUAAUGGGGAGGAUUGGAGGAAUCUGGUUAAUGGGAAGGAUUGGAGGAAUCUGGUUAAUGGGGAGGAUUGGAGGAAUCUGGUUAAUGGGAAGGAUUGGAGGAAUCUGGUUAAUGGGAUGGAUUGGAUGAGGAAUCUGGUUAACGGGGAGGAUUGGAUGAGGAAUCUGGAUAGUGGGAAGGACUGGAUGAGGAAUCUGGUUAACGGGGAGGCUUGGAGGAAUCUGAAUAAUGGGGAGGAUUGGAUGAGGAAUCUGGAUAAUGGGGAGGAUUGGAGGAAUCUGGAUAAUGGGGAGGACUGGUUGAGGAAUCUGGAUAAUGGGGAGGAUGAGGAAUCUGGAUAGUGGGGAGGAUUGGAUGAGGAAUCUGGAUAGUGGGGAGGAUUGGAGGAAUCUGGAUAGUGGGGAGGAUUGGAUGAGGAAUCUGGAUAAUGGGGAGUAUUGGAGGAAUCUGGAUAAUGGGGAGGAUUGGAUGAGGAAUCUGGAUAAUGGGGAGUAUUGGAGGAAUCUGGUUAAUGGGAAGGAUUGGAGGAAUCUGGUUAAUGGGAAGGAUUGGAUGAGGAAUUUGGAUAAUGGGAAGGAUGAGGACUCAGGUUAAUGGGAAGUACUGGAUGAGGACUCAGGUUAAUGGGAAGGAUGAGGACUCAGGUUAAUGGGAAGGACCGGAUGAGGACUCAGGUUAAUGGGAAGGACUGGAUGAGGACUCAGGUUAAUGGGAAGGACUGGAUGAGGACUCAGGUUAAUGGGAAGGACUGGAUGAGGACUCAGGGGUUGUGUACCAAGUGGAACACUGUUUCCCAGAGCCCUAUGGGCCUUCAAAGGUAGUACACUACAUUGGGAAUAGGGUGCUAUUUGGGACGUAUUGGGUCUGAUCAAAGGUAGUGCACUACAUAGGGA